ACAGGUGUUUUUAUGUAGCAAUAGCAUUUAAGCGAUGUUAAAAAAAUUGUACUUUGAACUAUUUUAGAAUCUAAGAAAGAGCACUAAGCCAUUCUCUUCUCGUAAGUCAAUGAAUGCAAGCGUAAAGAAAUUUAUUACUUAAAAAUAUGAUUCGUGGAAUAUUUUCAAUACAUUCUAAUCCACAGCUUUACUGGAUUGGUCUUGUUUAUAUAGUGACAAAAUUUUUUGAAUAUUUAGCUGGACACCGACAUUUUUGGAGUCAUUUUUGGAUCAAACUUGUUGAUUAUUUUGACAAUGAUGAAUUCUUUGAAGUUUAUAUCACAUACGCAUAUAUGACUGUAUUAACAUGGAUUGUUGGAAUGUUGUUCGUUAUUGUCGAUCUUACAAAUAAACCAAAAUGCUUUGAAAAGUAUAAGGUUCAGCCAAAUAAAAAUGCACCUCUUGAUCCUCAAAAAUUAAUACCUGUUAUUACCAUCGUCCUAUUGAAUCAAAUUAUAAACCUAUUUGUAACUAAAUUAGUCACAACCUAUCAAAUGAUGCCUAAAGGAAAUCUCUUGAGAUAUACGCAGUCAUUUCCAAGUUUAAUGGUUACAGUUGUAUUAUAUCAAAUUAUUUAUGAAAUUAUUUUCUAUUAUAUUCAUCGACUGUUGCAUCAUAAAUUUUUAUACAAAUGGAUUCACAAACUUCAUCAUGAAUGGACUGCACCAAUUUCCUUUACUGCUCUCUACGCACAUCCAAUUGAGCACAUCUUUGGUAACACAUUACCAGUUGCUUUACCUAUUAUGAUACUGGAUACACCUAUUGCAACAUCAUGGAUUCUUGUCACAAUAACAAUGAUAGGAACAUUAGGAGAUCAUUCAGGAUAUCACAUCCCAUUCCUUCGAAGCUCACGAUUACAUGAUUGGCAUCACUCGAAGUUCAACGAAUGCUUCGGAGUUAAUGGAUUUUUAGACAAGUUUCAUAGAACGAAUAUAAAAUUUGAAGAAUCAGUUGAGGGCUUGAGGCAUCAGACUCUGUUUACUUUAAAAUCUGCCAAUGAACUUUAUCCUGAUAAAAAUGAAAAUAAAACAAAAUGAUCCGUGCAAGAAUUAAAAAUUGUAAUUUAUCGUUUUAAGGAGUCAUUUAUAAAUGAUGAAAAAUUU